UCUUCUUCGCUCCGCUCCCCUCUCUCUCUCUCGCUCUCUCCGCUCGUCUCGUUCGCCCUCUCCCCAUCCUUUCGGCAGAAGGCUGUGGAGCGGCGCAGCGGCGAGCGCAGAGCUCUCUGGCAUCCAGAGCCUAAACGUGCCGGCGCAUCUCCUGCUUCUUUUUGCCUCCCGACCCGCGCCCCCCCCCCCCACCGUGCUUUCGCUCCGGCCCCUCUCGCCGCCUGGGGGCCACCCCAUGGAUGUGCGCCCUGGGAUCUCUCGGCCCAAGAUCGCGCGCCACAGUCUGUCGGCGUUUUGGCCGGCAGCGCCGAGCUCGGCCACUUUGGACCAAGUUGAGCGGCAGCCAGGAGGUGGAAGGGAGAGGAUGAGAGAGGACGGGAGGAUGAUGCCGAGACAAGGGCGCGCUCUCUGAAACGCGUCUCCCUGAGAGGAGGACCAACUUCCCUCUCGCUCAGGGGAAGAAGGGACAGCACUUCCCCUGUCCUGGAGCGAAUCCUUCAGCAGGACUGGGUUGGAAAAAGGAGGACAGCUGUCACCCGCUGACCAGUUGUCCUUGUCCGUGUUUGUUUUCUCGCUCUUAAUCAGAGUGCCCACCAAGGCUGGAUGCUACUCUUUCUCUGAACCUGGGCACAGGGGCACUGAAGAGUUUUGUGUCUCCUGUUGCUGCGCAUGGUCGGGGGGGGAUGGAGCCGUCCCUCCGACGUCACUUGCGCGGCUCUCCUCUCGUGUCCAGAGCCGACUUGGUGAACGGUGCUCUUGAGGAGUGAGGAGGAGCAGUGCACACCCAGGCUGUUAAGUGAACUUGGGUGGCGGGAUGCGGAAAAGUGGACUGGAAACGACAGGGGGAUGUCCGGUAACAUGCAGGGGAGCUCUCAGCUCUCGAGCCCGUGCGGUUCGGUGAGUCCCGGGAAGCAACUCGCUCUUUCCCUGCUUUCCAGUGUGUGGAAGUACAAUUAGGAGGAGGGGGGCGCCGCUCCCACUUCUUGAUUCCAUUGUUCGGAGACACGAUACGGUGGAGUCCCCUGGGGCUUACAGAGAGGCCGUACGAGCUCCUUCGAUGCAUGGUGGCUUCAUCAGGAGCUCCUGACAGCCCCUUCAAGUACCGGCCCCGGGGGGGUGGGCCAGGGGCUGAACGACAGUGGGUGGUCUCGCAAGGUCUCGUAGGCAAGUGUCCUUCCCUCCCGCUCCUGUCCCAUGUCUCCCCCCUUCCGCGCUCUGACGGCUGUGCGUAGGUAGGGCAAGAGGCCCAGAGACCCCAGACUGUGUGACUAAGUGCCAGCUGCCCUGACCUGUGCCUCCCACCCACCCCCCGCACCCUCCAUUCUUGCACCGCACUGUGGGAUUGAUGCCUCGCUGCUUCCUCUGGGCUUCUGUCAUAAGAGGGAACGAGGGAAGGUGGGGGAGGGGGGGCAGAGGGGUGAGAAGCAGUUUUAAACCCCUCUCCCACCUCCUGUUCUGUUAUGGACUAAAGUGCGUUGCCUGGAAACGUGCGAAAGCUUUCCCGAGUGCUCGCUGGAGAAAACACCGGCAAAGUCCCCUGCGCUAAGAACCUCUGGAGUUGGAGCAGAAACCGGGCGCCAUCGCGUUCGUCUUCUUUCUCCUCCUCGCUCUUGCUUCUCUCCUCCUUAUCCUGGGGCCCCCCCGUCCUCCCGCUCCCUGGUGGGGGAGCGGGGAGUGGAGCAUGACCAGCUGUCAAUAUCCCACGGCCGCCCCGGAGCAAGACAGGAUGUACCAGCACAAAGUGUCGCUCGUGGUGCGCUAUUUCAUGAUCCCCUGUAACAUCUGCCUCAUCCUGCUGGCCACCUCCACGCUCGGCUUCGCCGUGCUCCUCUUCCUCAACAACUACAAACCCAUCCACUUCUCCCCAGCACCAGCCCCUGAUGGCUGCCGGGGGAUGCUGUGUGGGUUCGGGGCCGUAUGCGAGAGAGACCCAGUGGACUCCUCCAAGGGGAUGUGCGUGUGCAAGAAGACGACGUGUCCCUCGGUGGUGGCUCCUGUGUGCGGCUCAGACUCCUCCACCUACUCCAACGAGUGCGAGCUGGAGAAAGCCCAGUGCAGCUUGCAGAGGCGCAUUAAAGUGGUCCGCAAGGGCCCAUGCGGCCUGAAGGAUCCCUGUAGCGAGGUGACUUGCAGCUACGGCAGCACCUGCGUCCAGUCCUCGGAUGGCCAGUCGGCCAAGUGCAUGUGUCCCCUGUCUUGCGAGGGGCAGCGUGAGCAGGUGGUGUGUGGCAGCGAUGGCAAGGACUACCCCAGCGAGUGUGAGCUCAACAAGCAGGCCUGCGCCAGCCAGAAGAACAUCCGGAAGCAGCACGCGGGACCCUGCGACCCCUGCAAAAACAACCAGACCCACGCCCACAAGGCUUGUCGAGUGGAGCCUCGCACCCGUCGGCCCCAAACUUUCCCCCUCCCGAAGUCGUGUCCCCCAGAUGCAGUGCCGCUGUGCGCCAGCGAUGGGCAGACCUACGACAGCGGGUGCAGCAUGCAGCUCACGGGGCAGUUGAAAGGCAUCGUCCUGAGGAAGGUCCACAGCGGGCAGUGCGAGGAGCACGAGAGCUGCAAGGAGGAAUGCAAGUUCAACGCAGUGUGCCUGUUGGACCGGCUUGGCCCGCACUGCUCCUGCGAGCCCAUCCGCUGUGACGGCUCGUUCAAACCGCUGUGCGGGAAAGACGGCCGAACGUACUCCAACGACUGUGAGCGCCGCCAAGCCGAGUGUUUGGCCAAAGUCCACAUUCCUGUCAAGCAGCAGGGUCCUUGUGAUCUGCACAUGCCCAGCCCGUGCCUGCAGAUAAGCUGUGCGUUUGGGGCAGUGUGCGUGGUGAAGGAUGGCGGGGCCGUGUGCGAGUGCCCCGGCGCCUGCCCUCCGCCACAGGAGCCGGUGUGCGGCAGCGACGGCCACACCUACGGCAGCCAGUGCCAGAUGAAAGCCGUGGCCUGUUCGUUGCAGAAGGACAUCCACAUGAAGCACAGAGGGCCCUGCACUAAGGCGUGCCAGAACUGCUCGUUCGGCGCGAUCUGCGACGGGCAGACAGGGCGCUGCGUGUGCCCCACCGAAUGCGUGGACACCAAUCAGCCUGUGUGCGGGAGUGACGGCCUCACCUACAGCAGCGAGUGCGAGCUGCAUGUGCGGGCCUGUACCCGGCAGCUGGACCUCAAGGUGGCCGCCCAGAGAGAGUGUGAGAGCUGCGGGGGUGUCGCGUGCGGCUGGGGCGCCCGCUGUGUGCGGAACAGGUGCGAGUGCCCAACGUGCCAUGGGGAACCCUUUGGACCUGUGUGCGGCAGCAAUGGCGUGACCUAUGACAACGCCUGUGAGCUCCAGGUGGCCUCCUGCAACCUCAAGAAGAACAUCAAGGUGGCCAGAGCAGGCGGCUGCGAUGAAGAGUGUGGCUCUGGAGCAUCUGGCUCUGGGAUGGAUGGUAGCUGUGAGCAGGACCGCUGCCGGAUAUUCGGUGGCUCUUGGGAUGAGGAUGCUGAGGAGGACCGCUGUGUGUGCGACUUCUCCUGCCACACUGUGCCACACAUCCAGGUGUGCGGCACGGAUGGAGUCACCUACAGCAGUGAGUGCGAACUAAAGAAGACGAGGUGUGAGAAACAACAGCAUCUGCAGGUCUACAGUCAGGGCCCCUGUUUAGGUACCCCUCCCACUGGCUUGACACAGGCCAAGCACUGCAGUCAAACUGUUUAUGGUUGCUGCCUUGACAAUACGACAGCUGCCUUGGGUGUGGAACUGGCCGGAUGCCCUAGUACCUGUCAGUGUAACCCCUAUGGUUCCUAUGGGGGAUUGUGUGACCCCACCACCGGGCAGUGCUCCUGUAAACCAGGUGUUGGGGGCCUGAAGUGUGACCGCUGUGAGCCGGGGUUCUGGAACUUCCGGGGAAUAGUCACGGAGAACAUGAGCGGCUGCACACCGUGCCACUGCGAUGCACUGGGCUCUGUGCGCGAUGAUUGUGAGCAAAUGUCGGGUCUGUGCUCCUGCAAGACGGGAGUGAAAGGCAUGAAGUGUGACGUAUGCCCUGAUGGCAGCCAGAUGGGCACCAAUGGCUGUGAACAUGGUAUGGGGAACAAAACCUCUUGCAAGGAUAUGGACUGCAAGUUCGGAGCAUCCUGCGUAGAGGCUGGCGGCCAGGCCCAUUGCGAAUGCCCCUCCCCCGACUGCGCUGAGAAGGACAAGACGAAGGUGUGCGGCUCUGAUGGCGUGACUUAUGCGGACGCGUGUCAGCUGAAUACCAUCGCCUGUCGCCAGGACAAGCUUAUCACCGUGAAGCACAAGGGACAGUGCUCAGAAACCAUCCUGGACGCCGAGCUGGCUGUCCGCCCCACCCUCUCCCCGACCCACCCCCGCGCCACCCCCUCCACCACCCGUGCCAAGCUCACCACACCCUUCCACGGGUCCACCUCCACAUCGCCCUUUGAGGAGAUGGAAACCGCUCCGGCAGUUGAGGAGGAGUCGCUGUUCCCCUCCUUUGUGGAGGGCCUCCCACCGGCCAGCAGCACCGAGGGGCCCGGCACCCCUGCCAUCACCACCCGCAGCCGCCCCUCCACCCACCACAAGCUGCCACGAACCACGCCCUCUCCCACAAGCUUCACCCCAGGAAUCACCUCCUCACUGAACCUCUACGAGGACUCGGGCAGUGGGGAGCCCAGCGGUGACGACGACACAGAGAGUAGUGCCAUGCUGGAGGCUAGCGGAGAGGAGCCAGUUGAGCCCACCGUGACCGUGAUCGUGCCCGUGGUCCCGGAGAUCCGCUCGUCCUGUGACAACAGCCCCUUUGGCUGCUGUCCCGAUGGCCAGACCACCACCAGCGAUCCAGAGGGAACCAACUGUCCUCCCACCAUGAAGUUCAGUGGCUUCCUUCACCUAGACCAGGUGGAGGGUCAGGAGCUCUUCUACACACCAGAGAUGGAAGACCCCAAGUCGGAGCUCUUUGGAGAGACGGCCAGGAGUAUCGAGAGUGCUCUCAAUGAGUUAUACCGGAAGUCAAGUGUACAAAAGGACUUUAAGAGCGUGAGAGUUCGAAAUCUGGCUCCCAGUAGUUCCAUCUUGGCUUUUGUGGAGGUUCAUCUUGACCCAGACACCAGGUUCACUGUGGAAGAUGUUGAGCAAGCACUCCUAAAAGUGCUCAGGACCACUAAAGCCACAGCUAUAGUUGUGAGGAAGCCGGUGGAAGAGAACAUUCGAUUCAGCGUCUAUGGUCUCUCCACCCUUCCAUUUUUCACCACCACUGCAACCACCACCACCAUAUCGCCGACCACCCGUCGGCCCACCACCAGCCGGAGGACCACUACGCCCUCCCCGGUGGCAACAGCUACUGCCACUGCCUCUUUGUUUCACUACGCCACCACACCUUUCAGGCCCAAGUUGAUGCCCAAGGUGAUGAAGCCACCCCAGCCUUCACAGCCAUGCAAAUCGCACCCCUGCCAGCAUGGAGGAACCUGCGAAGAUGAUGGCCAUGAUUUCACCUGCAUCUGUCCUGCAGGAAGAGGAGGUGUGGUUUGUGAGAAAGUGAUUAAGUACUUCAUCCCUGCCUUUGGGGGGAAGUCUUAUCUGGCUUUCCCCACCAUGAAGGCGUACCACACGGUACGCAUCGCCAUGGAGUUCCGCACCUUCGAGACCACAGGCUUGCUGCUCUUCAAUGGGCAGAAUGGCAAGAAGGACUUCCUGUCACUGGCACUGCUGUCUGGCCACGUACAGCUCAGGUUUAACACAGGCUCUGGCACAGGCACGCUGGUCAGCCGUGUUCGCGUGAGGCUGGGCCGCUGGCAUCAGCUGGUGGUGACCAGGAACCGACGCAAUGCCAUGCUUAGUGUGGACAGCGAGCCAUACAUCGAGGGAGAGAGCCCCCCUGGUACUGAUGGCCUGAACCUGGACACAGACCUCUUUGUUGGGGGUGUGCCGGAGGAACUGCUGCAGGACGUGAAGGAGAGAACAUCUGUGGCGUCGGGCCUGGUGGGCUGCAUCCGCACCCUGGAUGUCAACAACAUGGUGUACAGCCUCCAGGAGAAUGGCGGCUACGUGCUCUACGGCUCUGCGGUGGGCGAAUGCGGCAACAACCCUUGCGAACCCAACCCCUGUCACAACGGGGCCACCUGCCAGGUCAAGGAAGCCGAGAUGUUCCAUUGCAAGUGCGUUAAUGGCUUCUCAGGUCCGACAUGUGCCGAUGCCCACAAUCCAUGUGACCCAAACAGGUGUCACCCUUCCUCUCAGUGCAAGGUGCUGCCAGCUGGGGGGUACAAAUGCGAAUGUCCAAUGGGACGUGAAGGAACACACUGUGAAAAAGAAUCCAAGCCUGACCAGAGUGAGACCUACAUGCCCUUCUUCACCGGAGAUUCUUAUCUAGAGCUGAGAGGCCUGCACAACUAUGGAAGUGACCUACUACAUAAGGUCAGCAUGACAGUGGUGUUCCUGGCUGAAGAUCCCAACGGCAUGAUUUUCUACAAUGGACAGAGGACUGAUGGCAGGGGAGACUUUAUCUCUUUGGCUCUGAACGAUGGGAUCCUGGAAUUCAGAUAUGACCUAGGCAAGGGUCCAGCUGUCAUUAGGAGCAGGGGCCAGAUCCCAAUGAACACGUGGAACACAGUUAACCUGGAGCGUGCUGGCCGCAAAGGGGAGCUUAGCAUCAAUGACAAGGAUCGGGUCCGAGGGGAGGCCCCGAAAUCCCGCAAGUACCAGCAUGCUGCCCUCAACCUGAAGGAAUCCUUCUUUGUGGGCGGAGUCCCGGAUUUCAGCAAGGUGGCCAGAGCAGCUUCGCUCAGUAGCGGCUUCAGAGGCGCCAUCCAGAAGAUUACCCUGAUGGGUACACCCGUCCUGACACGGGAGAACGCCCUGCGCUCCCGGGACGUCUCCAUGUACAAACACCACAGGUGUGCUCACGGUGUCUGCCAGAAUGGGGGGCUCUGCAACCCGCUGCAAGCCAGCUAUGAGUGCAUCUGCCAGCAUGGCUUUGGCGGGUCACACUGCCAGGAUGCAAUCAUCGAGAAGUCCGCUGGGGAGGCGGAAUCCAUCGCCUUUGAUGGACACACAUUCAUCGAGUACCACAACGCUGUCACCAAGAGUCCUGAGUUGCUGGAGAGCCCGACAGACCGGAGCGAGAAGGCCCUUCUGGUGAACAGGUUUGAACUCAGCAUCAGGACAGAGGCCACGCAUGGCCUGAUCCUAUGGAGCGGAAAAGGAACGGAGCGCUCGGACUACAUUGCCCUGGCUGUGGUCGACGGUCGUGUGCAGAUGACCUAUGACCUGGGUUCCAAACCUGUUGUGCUGCAGUCGUCAGUGCGGGUCGACACCAACCGCUGGAUCCGCAUCAAGGCUAGCCGGACCCUGAGAGAUGGUUCCCUGCAGGUUGGCAAUGAGGCAGCUGUCACAGGCUCGUCCCCGCUGGCGGCCACACAGCUGGACACGGAUGGAGCCCUUUGGCUGGGUGGCCUGGAGGAGCUAGCUCUGGCCCGCCGACUACCCAAAGCCUACAGCACAGGCUUCGUGGGCUGCGUAAAAGACGUCAGUGUGGACGGCGUGGAGCUGCACUUGAUAGAGGACGCCUUAAACAAUCCCAGAAUCCUUCACUGCUCCGCCAAAUAGCCUGUGUCCACCUCCCCAUGCACACCAAGUCAACUGCUGUAAUUAUUUUCUAUUUUUGUAUACGUUUCAUUGCCUUUUAUAUAUGAAAAGAAAAUGUUGUUUUCAAUUUAAUAGAUUUUAAUUGUGUUUACUGAUUGUUAUGUUGUUUUAUUGACUCCUCUUUGCUCACAAGGUUUGUUUCCGAAUUGACUGCUGCAGGUGCGCAUGGUGUCAGAACACAAUGUUAUAAAUAUUUUAUUGUCGAAAAGAGAAAAAAAACAUUACAUUGCUCAUUACUUGAACACUGGUGCUGGUGUCCUGUCUGUUGUCCUCUCUUGAUGCCGUAUUUCCUCUGCUUUCGUGAGUACAGUGUCAGUACAGCAGUACAUUCUUCUGUGAACAGUUAUUACAGUGGAGGGACAGGGUUGUCGCCACAUCUUUUGUUUUACGUUGGCAUUAAACAUUUGACUGAUGACUUCAGCUAAUAAACUCAGCGCAAGAAUGCUUCACGACUCGAGAGAAACCAUUGCAUUUCCGUUGUAUUUUUUUAAAGUGUGCGAAGCAGACUUGACUGCAGCCCUCACAUGAUCUUUUCAGCGGGUGGAAUCGCAGAUCUGCUCCGGCGGAGGCACUUAGGAAACCCCCUGUUGCUGCGGAAAGUCUGACCUUUCAGACAUGUUAAUAGAGCCUUUUCUUUCGGGUCUUAAAAAACAUGCUCUCGCUGUCAAAAAUGGCAAGCGUUUCUAAAAUAAGGAAUUGAUUCAGUCCACGUUGAAAGCACAUACGGCAUACGAAGCAACGCACAUGACUCAGUUCUCCGAUGAAGGCCUCAAAUACGCUUAGAGCUUUUAUAUUCAACUUUCAGUGGAAUUUUUUUAAAGGUCUUAAUUGAACAGGUUCUUCUUACACAAACAGGGUAAUGUUGGACCGAGAAAAGGGGGAGCUGGAGGGCUGAGCUCUUUCAGUGACACAUUCCGCUUCACUGUCAUGUCAAUAUAUGUGCAAAUGUAGGAAUGAAAACAGUAAGUGACUGAAACUGUGAAUAUGUUAACUUUGGUUUAGAUUAGACUUUCCUCAUAGGUGCUGUUUGUCACGUUUUAUGAAGAAGUGAUGCUGCAUGCCUCUCUUUAAGAUCACACUUUUUUCUUGUUUUUUUUUUUUUUUUGUAUGGUAAAAAGGUGUGGCUGUAGAUGGUCUAUGGGGUGGAUGAAAGGAUCUCCUCUCACCUCAGUGGUGUUUUUCAUUACCUAAGAUUUGCAUAUUAAAAAUUACAGAACUGCAAAUCAUUUUUAAAAAUCAUUUCAUAUUUCUGCUACAAUUUGCAGUUCUGGCUUUGACUUAAAAAUUGUGCCAAAAAGAGUACAGUAGUCUGUUAUACCACCAGGAGGAGUAAUAGCAGAGGGUGUUCAAAGCCACAGGAAGGCAAUUAGAGGGAAGUCUAGGAGCUUUUGAAAGUUGAGCCUAUUAUGUCAAUUAGAGCAAUAAAAACCUUCCACGGAGAAAUCUGAAAUGCAAAAAUUAUCCCUCUGAAAAUAGGGCAAUCAACAUCCUAUUAUAUUAUAGACUGUAAGGCAAAGGCUUCAAACCGCAAUGACAAUUCAGGCAUUAUAGUGCUAAUUAGUACUUUUAAAAGAUACAGAUUGGUCUUGUGUAAAUCGAUGUAAUAGUCUGUGCUGCAGAACUUUUCUUCUGGCUGAAGCUGUGUCUGGUAAAUUAAGUUUACAAUCAUAAAAUGACUUUUACAUUAAAAAAAAAAUUGCUUUGUUUGCUUUGUGAAGGUCUCAAAAUUUUAGUUAUUAUAACUUUCUCUAUUUUAGGUUCCACUUAAAAGACUUUUGUACAGCCCUGAAAUUUAAGUGUAAAAAAGUUUGUGAAUUUGUGCGUGUGUUAUACUCUGGAACAGGUUUGAGUAGCCCUGAACAAAUCUCUGAACAAUGUCUUUAUCUGAGGACAGUGGGAUUUCAGAGUUUUGAACAACUUUUUUAUGCAUCUGUCCUGCGAGGGUCAGUCCUAGGAAGCAUCUGUGAGAUGAGCUGUGUUUUUUACGUAAUUGCUACCAAAACUCUCCGCAAACAAAAAAAAAAAA